AUGAAGGCUGAAGUGGGAGGCUGUCAGUGCAGGAAACAGAGUCUAAUAGAAGAUGCUCACAAGGAGAAAGAAGUCUUACCUGUACCUGAUUGUCCAGAAAUAAAUAACAGAGACCUGGUUGAAGACAAUAGCACCACCUUAAAUCUGAUGUUUACAGCCACAAGCCCUAGCACUACUUCCCUUAAUAGCAUUCUAAAGAUCUUAGAGAAAUACGAGGCAAAUGUUUUUCACAUGGAGACCAGGCCUGCUCUAAAAUACAACAAGAAAGAAGAUCUAGAAUGUUAUUUGAAAUGCUUCAUUCCCAACUCUUUCGUCAACAUCCUCAUAUAUUCCCUAAAAAAGGUGGCAGGAGAUGUGAAAAUAGUAAAAGAUGACUUGCCGCCUUCUUUUCCCAAAAAAGUUCAAGACCUGGAUAUGUACCGGCAGCAUUUAAUUAUGAAAUUCGAGCCAAAUUUUGACCAAAACCAUCCAGGUUAUGGUGACCAAGAGUAUAAAAAGAGAAGAACAUACUUUGCAGAGCUGGCUUUCACAUACAGAGAUGGAGAUGCUUUGCCAAGGGUUGAGUACACAGCAGAAGAAACUGCCACUUGGAAGCAAGUCUACAAAUCCCUCAGCACUCUCUAUCCAAAUUAUGCCUGCAAGCAAUACUUAGAUGCAUUUCAACAGCUGGAAAAAUAUUGUGGAUUUACAGAAAAUUCUAUACCUCAACUUCAGGAUGUUUCCAAUUUUCUUAAAGAAAGAACAGGAUUCAAACUGAGACCAGCAGCUGGUUUGCUUCCUGCUCGGGAUUUCCUGGCUUGUCUAGCUUUCCGUGUAUUUCCAACAACCCAGUACCUGAGACAUCCCUCUACUGUCAUGCAUUCUCCAGAACCGGACUGUUGUCAUGAAUUGCUGGGCCAUAUUCCCAUGCUUGCUGAUAAAGAAUUUGCACAGUUCUCACAGGAUAUUGGUCUAGCUUCACUUGGAGCAUCUGAUGAAGAUAUAGAAAAAUUGUCAACACUUUAUUGGUUCACCAUUGAGUUUGGACUCUGCAAGCAGGAUGAUUCUAUUAGAGCCUAUGGAGCUGGCUUGCUGUCAUCUUAUGGGGAGCUUAAGUAUGCAUUAUCAAAUAAGCCCGAGCUUCGUCCUUUUGAUCCAGAAAUUACUGCUGUCCAACCAUAUGAAGACAAUUGCUUCCAGCCAGUAUAUUUUGUGUCAGAAAGUUUUGAUGACUCCAAAGCUAAACUCCGGCAAUAUGCCCUAAAAAUGAAGAAACCAUUUUCACUUUGCUAUGAUCCUUUGACGUGCAGUGUUGAAGUGUUAGACUCUAUCCAAAAAGUCCAGACUUCUCUGAGCCAGAUCAUAGAUGAACUGAACAGUUUGUGCUCUGCUCUGAAUAAAAUGUGCAAGACUUAA